AUGGCGGACCAGUCCCAGUACAAGUAUGCGAACAUGUCCAACCUGGUGCUCCAGGCGGACAAGCGCUUCAUCCACCGGCGCACCGACGAGGCCACGGGAGACCCAGAGUCGAUGGCGGGCAAGGUGGACAUUAAGAUGAUGGGCGACCGCGUCCUGCGCGACACGGCCCCCAAGGCGAAGCUGAAGAGCAAGAGGGAGAAGCUGAAUAUCGAUGCCAUGGAGGAAGGGAAGGAUAUCUUGGAUAGGGAGAAGCGGAAACGGAAGAGAGAUGCUUCGAGUUAUGGCGGGAGUAUUCUGUCGGCGACAGACGACGUCCUGGGUCUUGUGUAUCAUCCACGCACCGCCGAAACACGGGAGGCGUAUUCCUUAAUCCUCACGCUUGUUGCAACGCUACUAGGCGGCGAUGUGCCGCAGUCUGUAGUACGCUCAGCGGCGGAUGCAAUCCUUGAGAUAUUAAAGGACGAGGACGGCUCCAAGAAGGAUUUCGACAAAAAGCGGGACAUCGACGACAUCAUCGGCGAAAAGACCGACUCGAAAAAAUUCACAGAUCUCGUAAAUCUUUCGAAAAAAAUUAAUGACUGGAAUGCGGGCGACGAGGACGAGGCCAUGGAUGGGCGUGGAGAUGGCGCGGGCGGUGAAGAGCUAGAUGAGAGGGAGGGUGUCGCUGUUGUUUUCGAUAAAGAGGAUGAAGACGAGGACGAGGCGGCCGAGUUUGAGGUUCGGGACGGGGACUCGACGGAUGACGAAGAAAUGGACGACGCAUCAGACACCGAGAAACCGACCGAGGAAGCUGCCGAGGGCGCAGAAUCGGAAGACGAAUUGAUCAUUGGCGGAACCAAAGACCGGGGCAAGGACGCCCGGAAGCAGGCAGUCGACAAGGACAUUGUCCCCGCUCACGAUAUCGAUGCAUACUGGCUUCAACGACAAGUUAGCGCUAAAUACCCUGAUCCACAUCUUGCAUCGUCGAAAGCCACAAAGGUUCUCGAAAUUCUGGCCCCCGAGGCUGAGAAGUCUCUUCGCCAGGUUGAGAACGAGCUUAUCGAGGUCUUCGACUAUGAGCAUUUCGAACUUGUCAAAGUGCUCAUGAAGAACAAUGCCAAAAUAGUGUGGUGCACGCGUCUAGCCCGCGCUGGCGAGUCGUCCGAAGAGCGCACGGCAAUAGAACAGACAAUGACAAGCACCGGAUACCGUAAGAUUCUUGACGAGCUUCGCGGUCGUGAGGUCGAGGAUCUAGACGGGAAGACGGCGGGUAAGAAGGGGAAAGCAGAUGUAAUGGAUAUUGAUGUACCUGCAUCUGCGAUCCCAACAGGCCCAGAAACCACUGCCAAAUCGUCCGGCCUAACCGGCGGCCUACAGCCGCGGAAGACCAUCGAUCUAGAGAGCUUUGUUUUCGAGCAGGGGAACCAUCUUAUGACGAAUGCAUCAGUUAAGCUCCCUCAAGGUUCUACGAAGCGUACUUUCAAGGGAUACGAGGAAAUCCAUGUCCCGGCGCCCAAGAAGAAAAUCGACCCGAAUGAACCGAAAGCAAUCCCCAUCUCCAGCAUGCCAGAAUGGGCAAGAGUGCCAUUUAGUACAAGCAAGGAACUCAAUAGAAUUCAGACAAAGUGCUAUCCUGCCGCGUUUGAGGACGAUGGGAAUCUCCUCAUUUGCGCGCCCACAGGUUCCGGAAAGACGAACGUGGCAAUGCUUACAAUCACCCGUGAGAUCGGGAAGCACAGAGACCCCGUCACCGGCCAGAUCAAGCUGGACGACUUCAAGAUUGUCUACAUCGCCCCCCUGAAAGCGCUGGUGCAAGAGCAGGUCGGGAACUUUGGGAAGAGGCUCGCGCCGUAUGGGAUCAAAGUGUCCGAGUUGACCGGAGACAGGCAGCUCACGAAGCAGCAGAUAAUGGAGACGCAGAUCAUUGUCACUACCCCCGAGAAGUGGGACGUUAUCACUCGUAAGGCGACGGAUAUGUCCUACACGAACUUGGUACGCCUCAUCAUUAUCGACGAGAUUCAUCUGCUGCACGACGACCGUGGUCCCGUCCUGGAGUCGAUUGUCUCCCGUACCAUCCGCAAAAUGGAGACAACGUUGGAGCCCGUGAGACUUGUCGGCCUGUCUGCUACCCUCCCCAACUACCGCGACGUUGCCAGCUUCUUGAGGGUGGACACGAACACCGGCCUCUUCCAUUUCGACGCCACCUUCCGUCCCUGCCCACUGCGUCAAGAGUUCAUCGGUAUCACCGACAAAAAGGCCAUCAAACAGCUACAGACCAUGAACGACGUUUGCUACACAAAAGUCAUCGAGCAAGCCGCCAGCAACCAGAUGCUCAUCUUCGUCCACUCGCGCAAGGAAACCGCCAAGACCGCAAAAUACAUCCGCGACAAAGCACUCGAGCUCGAAACCAUCCAGCAGAUCCUGAAAUCGGACGCCGGCACCCGAGAGCUGCUCCAGCACGAGGCGGACCAGGUCACAGACGCAAAUCUGAAGGAUCUGCUGCCGUACGGAUUCGCGAUACAUCACGCUGGUAUGAGCCGUGCAGACAGGACCACGGUGGAGGAUCUGUUUGGUGAUAAGGCGAUCCAGGUGCUGGUGUGCACUGCGACGCUGGCUUGGGGUGUGAAUUUGCCCGCGCACACGGUCAUUAUCAAGGGAACGCAGAUAUACUCCCCUGAGAAGGGAAGCUGGGUUGAGUUGAGUCCCCAGGAUGUGCUACAGAUGCUUGGGCGUGCAGGUAGACCUCAGUAUGAUACUUACGGAGAAGGUAUCAUCAUCACUACACAGUCAGAAAUGCAAUACUAUCUUUCACUGUUGAACCAGCAGCUCCCGAUCGAGUCGCAGUUUAUGAAGAAGCUCGCCGAUAACCUGAACGCCGAGAUUGUUCUGGGUACAGUCCGCAGCAGAGAUGAGGCCGUGGAGUGGCUGGGGUAUACCUACCUCUACGUCCGUAUGCUUCGGUCGCCGGGUCUCUACUCAGUGGGCGCAGAUUACGCCGAAGACGAAGCGCUCGAGCAGAAGCGUGUGGAUCUAAUCCAUUCUGCAGCGGUGGUGCUGGAAAAAUGCAACCUCGUUAAAUACGACAAGAAGACCGGAAAGCUACAGUCAACAGAGCUUGGAAGAAUCUCGUCUCAUUACUACAUCUCGCACAACUCAAUGCUGACAUACAACAUCCACCUUCAGCCUGCACUCACGCCCAUCGAGCUCUUCCGCGUGUUCUCGCUUAGUGAGGAGUUUAAGUACAUCCCCGUGCGUUCUGAGGAGAGGCUCGAGUUACAAAAGUUGUUGGCCCGAGUACCUAUCCCCGUCAAAGAGAGCAUUGAAGAGCCACAGGCAAAGAUCAACGUUCUCCUCCAAGCCUAUAUCUCACGUCUCAAACUCGAGGGUCUCGCAUUGAUGGCCGAUAUGGUUUACGUUACACAAUCCGCAGGGCGUAUCCUCCGUGCCAUCUUCGAAAUCUGUCUCAAGCGUGGGUGGGCCAGUGUCGCGAAAACAGCGCUCGACCUGUGUAAAAUGGCCGAGAAGCGGAUGUGGCCGACUAUGACGCCGUUCCGACAGUUUCCUAUCCCGCCUAAUCAGUUAGCGCCGAUUGUGAACAAAGCAGAGCGAGCGGCGGAGUUUACAUGGAGCAAGUACUUCACUAUGGACGUGCCCCACCUAUCUGAGCUUUUUUCGAGUAAGGGUGGUGCAAGCUCAAGGACUGGAAAGUUGGUGCAUAGCUUACUUGAGAGGUUCCCAAGGCUGGAUGUUCAAGCGCAAGUUCAGCCUGUCACCAGGAGUAUGCUGAGGGUGGAAUUGACUAUAACGCCGGAUUUUGUGUGGGAUGUUGAAUACCACGGACAAGCGGAGAGUUUCUGGAUUCUUGUGGAGGAUUGCGACGGUGAAGAUAUUUUGUUCCACGAUCAGUUCAUACUCCGCCGUCAAUAUGCGGAGAGCGAAAAUAAUGAGCAUUUGGUCGAGUUCACGGUGCCAAUGACGGAGCCGAUGCCACCCAAUUACUUCAUUACUGUUGUGUCUGACCGCUGGAUGCAUUCUGAAACGAAGCUUGCUGUGUCUUUCCGGAAACUGAUUUUGCCAGAGAAAUUCCCGCCGCACACACCUCUUUUAGAUCUUGUGCCAUUGCCGGUGGAGGCUUUGAAGAAGAAAGAAUACAUGGAGCUCUAUCCAGACUGGAGACACUUCAACAAGAUCCAAACGCAGGUUUUCAAGAGUCUCUUCGAUACUGAUGAUAAUGUCUUCGUUGGCGCGCCAACUGGAAGUGGAAAGACCGUGUGUGCCGAGUUUGCCCUGCUAAGGCAUUGGAGCAAGGAUGACGAUGAGCCUGGAAGGGCAGUGUAUAUUGCGCCUUUCCAGGAGCUGGUAGAUAUGAGAUACAGUGACUGGAAAGAGAGGUUGAGUGGCUUGGCCGGUGGAAAGGAAAUUGUCAAGUUGACGGGAGAGACGAGUGCGGAUUUGAAAUUGCUCGAGAGGGGAGAUUUGAUCAUGGCAACGCCUACGCAGUGGGAUGUGCUGUCCAGGCAGUGGCAGAGGAGGAAGAAUGUGCAAACUGUGGAGCUGUUCAUUGCGGAUGAAUUGCAUAUGCUUGGUGGUCAGAACGGCUAUAAUUACGAGAUUAUAGUGUCGAGGAUGCACUAUAUUGCUGUUCAAACCGAGAACCCGAUGAGGAUUGUUGCGCUUAGUGUUAGCUUGAGCAACGCCAGGGAUUUGAGUGAAUGGAUUGGAGCAGACAAGCAUACCAUCUUCAACUUCAGCCCCCGAGAUCGACCAACACAACUGGAGAUCCAUAUUCAGUCCUUUACGAUACCUCAUCAACCAUCUUUGAUGAUCGCCAUGGCAAAGCCGACCUAUCUGGCAAUUUGCAGCACUCCGGCAGACAAACCCGUCAUUGUGUUUGUUCCUUCUCGCAAGCAGUGCAGGGCUACUGCGCUAGACAUUCUUUCGUACUGUGUUGCUGAUGGAGAUGAGGAUAAGUUCCUAAACGUCGAUUUGGAUGACAUUACCGAGUACUUAAAUGACGUCGAGGAGAAGGCCUUAAAGGAGAGCUUGAGCCAUGGUAUCGGAUACUAUCACGAGGCACUAUGCAAGAACGAUAAGCUCAUCGUCGAGGGGUUGUUCAAGCACGGUGCGAUCAAGGUGCUGCUGGCAAGUAGAGAUGUUGCAUGGGAGUUGAAGAAUAGUGCCUUUUUAGUUGUUGUGAUGGGAACACAAUUCUUCGAGGGGAGGGAGCACAGAUAUAUUGAUUACCCUCUCUCGGAGGUUUUGCAGAUGUUUGGGAAGGCAUCCCGAGCUGGAAUAGACAAGAGUGGUAAAGCAAUUCUUAUGACGCCCGCGGUGAAGAAGGACUAUUACAGGAAGUUUUUGAACGAGGCGUUGCCAAUUGAAUCUCACUUGCCAGCAUAUCUUCACGACGCAUUCGUUACGGAAAUCAGCACCAAAACUAUUGGAUCUACUCAAGAUGCCGUGGAUUGGUCUACUUACACCUACUUUUACAGGAGGUUGCUUGCAAACCCGAGUUUCUACAGCUUGACAGACACAUCCCAUGAAGGGCUUAGCACACAUUUGUCGGAGAUGGUGGAAAACACUUUGAAAGACCUUGCCGAGGCAAAAAUUAUCGAUGUUGACGAGGAAGAUGAUACUGUCACUCCUCUCAACGCCGCUAUGAUUGCGGCUUAUUAUAACAUUUCUUUCAUCACCAUGCAGACAUUCCUUCUUUCGCUUACAGGGAAGACAAAGCUCAAGGGUAUCCUCGAAAUUGUUACUUCAGCGACAGAGUUCGAAAGCAUUCAGAUCCGACGCCACGAGGAUCGUGUGCUCAAGCGGAUUUACGAUAACGUCUCUGUCAAGAUGUCACAGCCCAACUACGAAAGUCCACACUUCAAGGCGUUCGUGUUGAUUCAGGCACACUUUUCGCGAAUGCAGCUCCCGGCGGAUCUGGCAACAGAUCAGGCAGUGGUGUUGUCAAAGGUGUUGAAUUUGCUGAGCGCGUGUGUGGAUGUGUUGAGUUCUGAGGGCCAUAUCAAUGCGAUGAACGCGAUGGAGCUGUCUCAAAUGUGUGUGCAGGCUAUGUGGGAUAGGGAUAGCCCGCUUAAACAAAUUCCAUUCUUUAGUCCGGAAAUGGACAAAUUUGCAACUGAGCAUGAGAUCAAUGAUAUCUUUGAAUUUAUGGCGUUUAUGAGUGAAGUUGACAAACGCGCCACCCUCGUCAAUCAUCUUAAUCUCGAUAAAUCCCAGCUCAACCAGAUCUCAACCUUCGUGGGCACAAAGUACCCUGACCUUGAGAUGGAAUAUGAGCUUGAAGAUGAAGACUCGGUCGUCGCAGGAUCACCAGCUUACAUCAAGGUUAAGAUUGUGCGUGAGCAUGACGAGUCCAAGGAAGUUGACACCACUGUCCAUGCACCAUUCUACCCGCAAACGAAGAUGGAGAAUUGGUGGCUUGUUGUUGGAGAGCAAGCAACAAAGAACUUGCUGGCCAUCAAGAGAAUCACUAUUGGGAAGAAACUGGAUGUCAGGCUGGAAUACGUCGUUCCAACACCUGGCAAGCAUGAAUUGAAACUGUAUUUGAUGAGCGAUAGUUACAUUGGGGUGGAUCAAGAACAAGAAUUCGAGAUUGAUGCAGCAGAGGGUAUGGAUGAAGAUGAGGAGGAAGAGGAUGAUGAAUAG